AUGACCUGGGGGCUCCCCCAGUGGCCCUGCCUGCUCAGCUGGCCCCAGUGUCAGGGCGGGGGGGCCUGGCCAAGGACGACCAGUGCUGGGGCCACAGAUGUCACACCGCCCGUCUUCCCUGAUAAACCACCAUCCCGGAACAAGUGCAUCGGAGUGGGCUGCAUCCAGUCACAGCAUCACACAGAGUUGGUGAACACAGACCAGAAGGAGGGCUCAGAGUCCCAGCCUUGCACUUGCCCCUGCGGCUCAUCCUGCCAAUGGCAGGGGAUUCUGGGAAGUGUAGUUCCCCAUCUGAUUCAGGCCCACCAGCCCAUCACAGAUAGGGAAGGUGAGGAGGUCAUCUUCCUUGUUAGCAACGUCAACAUGCCAGACACGGGGGACUGGGUGAUGGUGCAGUCCUGCUUUGGACGAAAGUUUGUGUUGGUGGUAAAGAAAGAGGCCGUGGUGCGUGGCAGCCCUACAUACUUCUUUGCCGCCGUGCUGUUCGUCGGCGCGAGGGAGGAGGCGGAGGGCUUUGUCUACCGCCUGGGGCUGAGGGGGAGUCGCCGGCGUCUCAUGUGGGAGGCGACCCCGCGGGCGAUCCAGGACAGCGUGGCCUCCUCCGCCGUCACGGACUCAGACUGCAUGGUGUUCGACUCCGCCGUGGCCAACCUCUUCGCCUCCUCUUCGGGGACUCUGGGCAUUCAUGUCAGCAUCUCCAGAUCUGGUUCCUCCAUCACCGAGCCCGCCCUUCACGCUCAGGGACCCCCUCCACAUAGACAUUCAAUGGGGAGGGCGUAUCCAUCCUCCCUGACGCAGGGCAGCCCGAACCCUUGGGUCACGUGAGGCUGAGGUACCGUGACCUCAAUGCAACUCUGAACAAAUGAACUGGAACUAAGAAACUGGAGCUGUUUGACGGCUCCUGGUGAUGGAUACAUACAACAUAAUGGGAAAUGAAUCAGGAUCAUUUC